AUGAUGCGGACGAGCAUCCUUACUCGCAAUCUGUGGAGCGGAAUCAAUGGCCACAUAAAACAAUCAAUACCAUUUGGGAGUAGUAAUUAUAGACAAAAUGGGAGAUGGUACAGCCUUAUACCGAUGGUGAUUGAGCACUCUUCCCGGGGGGAGCGCGCCUACGACAUAUUCUCUCGCCUGCUCAAGGAAAGGAUCAUUUGCAUCAAUGGCCCUAUCUCUGACGACACUGCCCACGUCGUUGUCGCCCAGCUUCUCUUCCUCGAGUCCGAGAAUCCAUCUAAACCCAUCCACAUGUACCUCAACUCCCCUGGUGGAGCCGUGACUGCUGGUCUUGCUAUCUAUGAUACUAUGCAGUACAUCCGAUCUCCAAUCAGCACCACGUGCCUGGGCCAAGCUGCAUCAAUGGCUUCUCUUCUCUUGGCUGCUGGGGCAAAGGGUGAGAGGCGAUCUCUCCCAAAUGCUACCAUUAUGAUUCACCAGCCUUCUGGUGGGUACAGUGGGCAGGCCGAGGACAUGAAAAUUCACACCAAGCAGAUUGUUCGGGUUUGGGAUUCAUUGAAUGCGCUAUAUGCAAAGCAUACAGGACAACCUAUUGGAGUAAUUCAGAAGAAUAUGGAUCGUGAUUAUUUCAUGACACCUGAAGAGUCAAAGGAGUUUGGCAUUAUAGACGAGAUAAAGGUUCAAACUAGAGAUUGCAGUACUCUUAGUUCCUAUGGUGCAUUUCCCAUCUUAGGAUCAAGGGAAUUCUUUUUGGUCGGCCUACCUUAA